UUUAAUACAUUCAUAUUGGCAAGUGUUAGUUAUCUGUUAUUCGUAGCUCAAGUUUCAACACGUAUUAAUGAUUUAUAGAUUUGCUUCAAGCUGAUAUACGAAGCGUAAUGCCUUGGUAUGCCUUUAACCAUUUAACAAACUGAAAGGUUGCGUUCAUUGCUGGAUUAUUAGACUUUACUGUUGGAUUGUUUCAUGUUAUACAUAAAGAAGGUAAUGGAAUAUAAUUAAAAGAAGAUCUAAUUGGCAGCGACUAUAUUCAUCGUGGAUAAGUACAAGCAAGUGCAGCUCAAUAUCGUUCAGAAAAGAGAAACACAUCGGUGAAGAUAUCUCCCCUCGGAAAAGGCUAAAGUUGCUGCUAGGCAAGUGCAUCUCAAUAUCGUUCAGAAAAGAGAAACACAUCGGUAAAGUUAUCUCCCCUCGGAAAAGGCUGAAGUUUCUGCAAGGUUUGUGAGCAUCGUCAAAAUGGGUCAAACAUAUUCAAUUCAACACUGUGAAACAGUAGUUGUUGGAACACACUCAAAGAACAUGGGUGAAGACCAGAUCCGUGAUAAAAAAAGCACAUUUUCAAAGUUUAAGAAAAAAAUAAAGCGUAAUAAAAAGAGGAGAAAUACUGAUGGAUAUAAAUACAGAGAUCAUAGAAGUGAAAAUUCUGAGUCGUCAGAAGAUGGAUAUAAUUCGACAUUUAGGGUGAGGAAUAGUAGCAUAGAAGAAACCCACCCACAUAGAAAUGAGUAUUUGUUGUCUGGUCCAUGCACAGGCAAUCAAAAAAAUUGUCACAACAGUCCAAAGCAAAACAGAAACUAUUUGGCAUUACCAUAUGAGCCACAUAUGGUAUAUUCUAUCCCAGUGCAGGCCACACAAGACAGUGGCAUGGAAGGAUCUGAACUUGCUAUUUCCAGCUCAAUAUUCGAUCAAUUUGUAAAGAUCCAUGUGAGUGAAAGCGUAAGUCCAUCUCCUUACUAUUUAAACAGAGUGGGAUCAAAAGUAUCUUCUGAUAAGGAUGACCGAAGGCUUAACUCUCACAGUGACGAAAUUCAUGAUGUACAUUGUCAAGGUCAACUGAAUGAUUUGUCAAGUAAAAGCAAAAUGGAUACAACUAGCUUGAAUUGGGAUUCAGAUUCUAAUGAUGAAGAGACAAGAUUGAGUGGAAAGAAAACCAGUAAAACAAAAGCAGGUGAAAUGCCAUGUCACAGUCUUCAAGAAGACAGUAUGAACUCUUAUACUGGUGAUAUUACAAUAAUUGCUGAUGAUUAUUAUCCUCUAAAUGAUUCUAAAAUAGGAGACAGUUCGUUGGAUUUAGGAAAUGAGAAAAUGCAUAAUAUGUCAGAUGUUGAAGAAAGUAAAGAAAACAAUAACGUUAUGUCGACUCUGAAGCUAGCUGAACUCACUGUCCAUAAUAGUGAGGAAACAAAUUGUAAACCUAUAGUGGGUGUUCCAGGUUGUAGAAAAACAAGAUGUUUAUCAAGUGAAGUAUCAAGUGGCUAUCCUGCUGCAACAAAUGCAAAAGACUCGCUGUCUGUAUCAUGUGAACUUAGUGAAAAUGAGAUUUUUAAUAAUUUUAUAGAAGACUACGUUCAUUCAAACAAUGUUUCUAGUUCAUCAGGAGAAGAUGAUGAAGAGUUUGAACAGUUGGAGAGAAAAUGGGUCCCCAAAAUGUCUCUUUUUGAUACUGAUUUGUCAAGUUAUUCAGAUAAUCAUGAAGAUGUUUGUGAAAACAAAGAAGAAAAGACUAACCAGUCAAAUGAGAUUAAAUCUUCCCACAGUUUGGUCAGUUGCAUGGAUAAGACUAAAAGUAUGCAGAUUUCUGGAUUGUUGAAAGGUAAAAGCUGUACUGAUAUUUCUAAUUCUUUUGAAGAAAACUGCAAUUUAAAACAAGAAAACAAAUUGAGCCAUUCUAGUGAUUCUAGUUGUUUUAUUUCAAACAAUUCAGAUAGCUGCCCCCAAAAAGAAAAUAGCCCAGUUAUUGAUGACAAUGCAACAAAUCAGAUAAAUAAUUGUUUGCAUUCUAAUGUUAUUAUUGAUCUGGUAGACAAGAUGAAACCUGAAAAGAAGGUUGAACUUAACUGUAACAGCAAAAGUAUUCCUGAAAACAAAGACAAUGUUUUUCAAAUUUGCACUCUUGUAAAAAGAAAUGCAGAAGAAGAAAAAUCAAAUGAAAUGAAUGUCAUACAGAUAAAUCAAAAAAGUAGCACAAGAAUUCCAACAAAAAGUUCGGAAGACUCUAGAAGACAGUUAAAGAAAUACUGCAGCAAUGUUUCAGAUCUUAAUUCAAAAUCCGUUUCAGAAAAUGAAUCCAUAAAGGUAGUCAUGACACAAGAAAGUGCCGAAGCUCAAGAUAUUUUUGAAGACUCAUGCAAAACAUGUAACAAACCAGUAACUGUUGAAACAAAAGAACUGACAUCAGAGCAUUCUAUUGAAGACAGUGGGUUGUCAAAUGCUAAUGGUGGAAAAAAUAUGUCAGUCUUUGAUGAUAAGAUAACACAACUAAAAGUGAUGGCUCAUUCAAUUUUAGAGAAAAGCAUAUGUGAGAUGAAGAUUGAAGCUAAAUCUGAGAGCAAUAACAACCCUGGAAACAAAUACUUGCUACUUGACUUAUGUCCAUUGUCAGGUCAUGUCUCUGAUGUUCGGGAUGUGGUCAACAAAAUAACUUCAACAAAUGCAAGAGUGGGAAAUUCAGUUGGUAGAAAAAGAUUUCCAUCAGAAAGUCUAGAAGACUCUGGAUUUAUCAGUAGAAUUCCAUUAGAAAGUUCAGAAGACUCUGGAGUUAUCAGUGGGAUUUCAUCAGAAAGUUCAGAGGUCUCUGGAGAAUCAGUUUCAGAAAAUGAAUCCAUAAAGGUAGUCAUGACACAAGAAAGUGCCGAAGCUCAAGAUAUUUUUGAAGACUCAUGCAAAACAUGUAACAAAUCAGUUGAAACAAAAGAACUGACAUCAGAGCAUUCUAUUGAAGACAAUGGGUUGUCAAAUGAUAAUGGCCGAAAUCUGUCAGUAUAUAGUGAUAAAACUUCAUCACAAAAUCUGAUGGCUGUUUCAAGUCAUGACAAAAGCAUAUAUGAGAAGAAAGUUAAAGCUAAAUCUGAGAGCAAAAGUAGUUCUGAAAACAAAGAUGUUUUACUUAAAUUCUGUCCAUUGUCAGAUAAAAGUCCUCUAGAUGUGACUAGGAUAAGCAAAACAGCUUCAACAAAUGCAGAAGUGGAAACUCCAGUUAGUAGAAGAGGUAGAAGAGUCUCAUCAGAAAAUUUAAACGACUCUUACGAUAUCAGUGGAAUUCCAUCAGACAGUUCAGAAGUAUCUGGAAAAUCAGUUUCAGAAAAUGAAUCCAUAACGGUAGUAAUGACACAAGAAAAUGCCGAAGCUCAAGAUAUUUUUGAAGACUCAUGCAAAACAUGUAACAAACCAGUAACUGUUGAAACAAAAGAACUGACAUCAGAGCAUUCUAUUGAAGACAGUGGGUUGUCAAAUGGUAAUGGUGGAAAUCUCUCAGUCUGUAAUGAAAAAAUAACAAAACUAAAGCUGAUGUCUGUUCCAAGUGACAAAAGCAUACUUCAGAAGGUUGAAGCAAAAUUUGAGAGCAAUAGUAGUCCUGAAAACAUAGAAGGUUUACUUAACUUCUGUCUUUUGUCAGGUCAAGUUCCUCAAUUUGGGACUGGAGUAAACCAAACAUCUUCAACAAAUGCAGAAGUGGAAAGUCCAGUAGGUAGAGCAAGAGCUCCAUUAGAAAAUUUAGAAGACUCUGGAGAAUCAGUUUCAGAAUGCUUUGAUCAACAAUCUAAACUAAUAGCUACUAAAGUUUUCAAAAAAUCUGAUGGAUGUUUUACCAAGUGCACUGUUAAUAAACAAGCCCAAGGUCAUCUUGCACAGUAUUCAGAGUGUAUUGAAUCAGUGAAUAGCGGUCAGUGCAUAGACACAGACCAUGGAUCAAGUAAACAGUCACUUGACAGUAAGGAUGUACCUUUAGAGGUAAAUGCUUUAGCAGAUGCAUUUCAGUUUAUAUCAAAUUAUAGUAAUUUGCCUCGCUUUAGUUUUCUUCUGCCAAGCAUUGAUGAACACACUGACACUUCGCAUGAAGAUGGUAAUGAAGAAAAACCAUCCAUUACAAAUACUGAUAAUGAAUCUUUAAAUAUUGAUUAUGCUUUUAACCAAUCAAGUGUAAAUAAACAUUCUGAGAAAGAGGAUAAUCAGAGAGACACAUUGAGCAUUGUCAAAAGAAAGAGGUACAAGUGUUCCUCUUUCCAUAAGAAAAAAAUGGAACGUUCAACACAUGCAUCACAAUAUUAUUCAUCUAGUGAAUCAGAAAUGGACGUAAACUACACCUAUGUACCAUCUUGUAUAAAACAGUUUUGCAAGUCAUGUGGCAACAAUUUGAUGAUAAGGAAUAGAAAAUGUGAUAACCACAGACCAGAAAGAAACCCAUAUCCCGAGAGCUUAUAUAAGUAUACUUUGAAGCAAGAACACAAUGGAAGUACUGGGUACAAGUUAGAUGAAGUAAAUAAUUGUGACUCUGGGUUACCAAGUUCAAUGGAGCAUUCUUUAUGGUCCAGUUGGAAAUCUAAGCUUAAUGAACUGUGCAGGCAAGAAUUGGACAAGAUUGCACUAAAAGAUAUUGCGAGGAGAUUUUAUGUGAACCACUUUACAAGUUACAUAGUCCUAGGUUUGAGAACUUACUUUGAUAGAGUUAACACAGGCAUACCAUUAUCAGAAGGAGAGCAGCAUCAAUUUGAAUGGUUGAGGUUCAUUUCCUUUAACCAUUAUCAGGGCAAUGGAAAUGGCAUUGUUUUGGCAAGAAAUGGAUUCUACCAUCAUCCAGAAGAUGGGCCGAACUCAACAAGAUGCUUUGCCUGUGGUUUUAGGUAUAACGAGUGGGAGAUGUUUGAUAAUGUUGAUGAAAUACAUAGACAACAGUCCCCAAACUGUCCCCUUCUCCAUGGCAACAUUGGUGAGGGUACUCGUCGGAAUAUCUCCAUUGUCUCUGACGAUGUUCCCCGACGGAGACCAGCCCAGCAGCAAACUGCAGUGACCACUGAACCCACUGGAAGAAAUGUGCAGGACUCAGAACCAGUGAGGUCCACCUCAUCAUCAUCAUCAUCAGCUGCUGCUGCAGCUACCUCAGGUGCUUCAUCUGUAUCCUCAGUUGCAGCUACCUCCACUGCAUCAUCUGCAGGCAGUUUCAUUCACAAUCAUCUCCCUUCUCAGUCCAGAAACCCAAUAGCUACCUCACUGACGCGUGCAAGUGAACUGGGAAACUUUGGUCGCCGAGUUCCCUCCACCACUCAGCCAGUAACAGUAGCCUCUUCAGCCAAACCCCAGUCUCUGUUUAGUGCACCUUCAUCCCCAGCAUCGACAGUAGCUUCCCCAGCAUCGGCAGUAGGUGGAAUAGCUACCAGUCUAGCCAGUGCCCACAUUAACAGUGCAGAAGGAGCCCAGCACAAUGGCUUUACUAGUAUGCAGCCAACUUCAGACCCGAAAAACACAGACCGGAUGUACCACUUUAACCCGACCACUCAGAUUCGUGGGAUGGGGAUGGUGGAUGAACCGUACAAUGAGAUAUCUGUACCACCACCUCAACAGGGCAUUAGUGUAUCUGGAGUCAACCGUCCAUCAUCUAUAUUUGGUAAUGAACCAGUCGGGGCAGGUGCUUUUACUGCAGGUCAGCCCCAGAGCAUGCCAGUCAGUGGACAAACCCUGGUCAGCGAACUGCGUAGCUCUUCUGUCCCACUCGUCGAAGGAUUUUCAGGCUCCCCAGGGCUCGCCCCUCACCAGGAGGCAAGACCACCCCCACCUUCCACACAGCAGGCACUAUCCUACCAGCAGAGGGCCCAGGGAUUAGGAGGAGGUUCUGGUCCAGGGGGUGCCCCCCCUGACCGGGCGCGUGGUACAGGCUUACCCGGUCUUGACCCAGAUCUGACCGCUGGUAUACACAUUGUAAGCCCACGCCACCCAGACUAUAACACCCUCACGUCUAGAAUCAACUCUUUCAGUGGAUGGCCUUCUCACCUUGAUCAGAACCCCCGGAUGAUGGGAGAGGCCGGAUUCUUCUAUGUUGGUAGGGGUGUGGCUGACUUCUGUCGAUGUUAUGCCUGUGGAGGUGGAUUACGCAAUUGGCAACCAGGAGAUGACCCAGUUUUGGAGCAUGCUCGAUGGUUCCCACAGUGCGAAUACAUCAUCAAGCUGAAGGGUCAAGCGUUUGUCACCGAGAUCCAGAGACAUGUCUCAAAUUUGUCGGCUUCCAACAGUACUCCAGCUGAAACACCCAGGCUGUCUGAGAACAACUCUCAAGACCCACUUGACUGUGAGACUGGGCGACAGCUAAUGAGCAUGGGCUUCCCCCAGGCCCGGACUCGGCGCGCCAUCAGGGCGCUCAGGAGAACACACGGUCGUGACCCCACACCUGAUGAAGUGUUGGACUGGAUGUUGGAGGAUCAUACUGACUCUGAGCCAGAGGACUCAGAAAGCGUGACCCCAGCCGCUAUCUUGCAACCUACUAGCUCAAUUCCCCAUUCUUCCACGACCACCACCACCACUACCUCCAACCUCACAACAGCCCCGACUGGUUCCAUCAAUGUCUCUGUCACUUCCUCUACCUCAUACUUUAGUAGAGGAGCCAGUCAGGAGAAUACAAAAAGGGAGGCUACUCCACCCACUGUUACCAAUCAAAGAGAGAUAAGUCCAUCCGGUGGUAAAAUAAGGGAGGCUAAUACGGGUGAAGGGAAAGAUUCGAGGAUGGAGGAUGAUGUACGGGUGGGAAAUUCUGAUAAACAAGAGCCAAAGAAUGGUGGUGGCAAGAAGAAAAAGAAAAAGAAGGGUAAGGGAGGUAAAUCUAACCAGGAGGUGGAGCCAGGGUUCACAGAAGGGGCCAGUGGAGGACCAGAGGAGGAGGAAAAUAAUGAUAAUGGAACACAGAUACGACAGGAGAACGAAAAGCUUCGAGAAAUGCAAACAUGUAAGAUAUGUAUGGAACGACAGGUGAACACCACACUGCUGCCCUGUGGGCACUUGGUCAGUUGUGACCGUUGCGCCAGUAGGCUUGCGAAAUGUCCAAUAUGUCGAACUAAAAUAAAAGGGUCUGUUAAAACCUUCAUGACUUGAUGAUCAAAAAGCUUAAAAGGAACCAUUAAGGAACCAAUUCAAAGGGUUAUAACUCUCGUGUUAUUACAGUAGAAUGACUGGGGUUUUUUUUAUUUUCUGGAGAGAGUAUACCAAUACCUAUUCUGACCAAAUUUGGUAGUGGUUGGACAGAGGUUUUUAAAGUUAUUGAGCGUAUAACACUAAUUUUAUGUAGUUUCUAGAAUUCAAUAACGAAAACUCUCGAGUGACCAAAGCGAUAUGACUGUUUAUCCAACUUGUCCAAGAUAUUACGCCAAUAUGCAUUCCGACUAUAUUUGGUGAUGAUUGGACAACUGCUUCAAAAAUUAUAGAGCGGACAACAUUAUGAAGUCCGUCCGAUAACAUACAAGGUAAAAUAAAGUAAAUUAUUCUGGGUUUUUACCCGCUCAAGUCUAUGAAAUGGUGAUUGGCCCCGACCCGGCGAUCGUAGUUUUAAGGCUUGAGCGCCGCAAAUCGUAAUCAGAUAUCGUCAGAUCUACUUUUAACUUAAUUAAUUAAUGCAUGCGUACUUGUUACAAAAUAAAACGUAUGAGGUUACGCGGUUUAAAAUAGACCGAAUAGAAAGAUCACUUUAUUUAGUUUAAACAUAUUUUAUUCAGUUCGUAUAUACAAAAGUAACAGUACAGCAAUAGUAUGAUGAAAUGGAUCGGAAAACAAGCAAGAUCACUUUAUUUGAAUACGGUCAUAAGAUUGCAAUGUUAAUGUGAAUUUAAAAGAACACCGAAGGAUCAUAAAUAAAUCUUGGCGAGGAACCUAGGGUCAUAGAUAAUUAUAUUAAAUAAAUAACGCAGAAAAUGGAAAUGUGUUGACUAAAAGACCCUGCCUCACUUGAACUACUUCAAAUAGUAAAAACAUCCUCAGCCGAUAUCAGGUUUCAUUUAGUAACUUUACAAUAGCAAUAAAGUCGUAAGAUGAAAGCAAUGUUCAUAUAUCCUAGUACAUAUAGGUUUACCAGUUACUGUUAUGAAACUAGUAACACUAGACGUCGCUGCAAUAUUGAUUUCGGGUUACAGUUGCGUGUUUUAUACAGUUGAAAGGAAUUUACCGUUCUUUAAAGUGCUAUAAAUUUCAUCUUAUUAUAACGAAAUUACGCAAAGUUGUGAAUCUUUCAAAGUGGAAGUUUCUUUAUGGACAUCCUUUACAUACAACAAAUAACAGUAAACUGCUGAAAACUUAAAGGUAUACGCAAAGGAAGAGUAUAACUUAAUGUCAAUACCUUUGACAUUCCGAUAGACCUAUUAUAACUGAUCCUUAAUGAGCACAGACUGAACCCCCAAAAAUGAUAUCAGCCAAUUCGGUUGUAUUCAAACUGCUUUUGUUUUCCUUUCUUUCUUCCGUUUUCGCAGUAAUAGUAGGUACAAAACUUUCAACACCCACUAGCACCACCUCAACUAUUGUCUUGCUUUCAAUACGUUUAGCCCAAACUGUUGACAAUGCAUGAAGCGGACCUUCCAGUCACCAUACAACACGUAAUGUCAAUACAUCUUAGAUGAGAUGCAACAGGCUAGCAAUUAACAAUGAUUUCAGACGAUAAAAAUUGUUGAUUAUAGAUGGGAAAAGUUGAAAUGAAAAAGUAUUGAAGAUUCAUUUGUUGACAUUGUCUUAAAAUAAGCUAAUGUUCAGGAGCAUUAUACACAGCAUUUGCAUCCAUUAAUAUCAAAGAAACAUAAUUUACAUAGAAAUUAAAAUCUAAAAACACUUUCACUAAAGUAUUACCACCAUGUAUACUCCAUGUAAAUUUACAUAGACUUUAUAUUCAAUCAUAGAUGUCAAGUUUGAUUAGUAUCGAAAUUUAGAAUGAGAUAUGGACUGGGUAUUUUAUUUGUAAAACAGAACAAGAUGUUUUGAAUCACUGGAUGAAAAAAGUAAAACCUAUAGAUGUUUGGAAUGGGGUUUAAUUUGUAUAUUGUACAAUGAUACUAUAUAAAAAAGGCAAGACAACCAAUUAUGUAAAAAUAUCAGUGAUAAAAGGAAAACACUUUUACCUUAACAGAAUCAGGAAAAUUCAGAAAGAAUUCACAUUUGAUAUACAAAAUACCCCAAGAAAUAAAAAAAAUAAAAAAAUACUCAACUUGUUAACUUCGUUGUCUAAGAAAAAGAUUAGAAACAUUAAAAUACUAUAUAUAACCAUGUCAUUGAAAAAAUGCAAAACAAUACAAAAAACUCAAUCUGUUGAAUUGUUUUGUUGAGAAAAUAGUAUUGAAAUAUUUGUGCAAAACAUUUAUUAUAAUCUAUAUAAGACAUGAAGGUGAUGAAUAUAGGAUAUUCGGUUUUUGUAAGUAGCUAUGGAUGUUUAAACAUGUAUAUAUAUCUAACUUAGAUAUUAAUAUCAUGUUAUUUUUUAAAGGAAGCUUUAUGUAUAUGUAUAUGUUUAAAGGCAAAUAUUGUUGAAGCCUUUUCUCUUUCUUAUUCUAGUUCACAUGCACUGUAAAUAUCACACCUGUAAAACUUGCUGAUGCUGUACAUGUAAAAACAUGGAAGUUCAAUGCAAAAGUUAUUUGCCUAAUUAUGAUAUAAUAUGAUUUUUCAUCAAUGCUUUGUUUUUCUAUUAAUGAAUACACAAUUAUAUGUGUAGGGUUUGCAGAUUUGUCAUUUUAAUGUGAACUUAAAAAAGUAAAAAAAUAUGAAAAAUCAUAAAAACACCAAAAAAUUAUUUCAGUUAUAUUGAAAUAAGAAAAAAAAAUGUUCAGCAUAUUCAUUCUUAAGUUUGGAUGUAUUUAUAGAAUAUCUGGUUUACUGUAUGUAUGAAUAUCACCAAUCAUUGAAUUUACCUUUUCUUGCCACAUUGUUAAUGUGAUUGUAUAUGUUAUUUGUCUUAUUAUAGGAAUGGGAUAAAUAGUUUGUUUUCAAUUAAAGUUAGUUUCUGUAUUUAAAUUGUCCCAAACUCAUUUUGCAUUUGUAUAAACAUCAUUUUCCUUAGUUCACUUUUAAAUUAUAGGGCAUUAUAUAUAUAUAUAUAUAUAUAUAUAUAUAUAUCUAAAUUACUAGUAAUGCCAUAAAGGUAUCUUGAUAAUGAUUAUAGUUACUUCACUAGUUAUUAUGUUGUAUUUACUGUAUUAUAUUAUUGAAAAGAAAAAUCAGA